AUGGGGACUAGCCUGCGCAGUCAGUCCUUUCGAGAAUCCCGGCCCUGCUAUGGGAAGCUCCACGAGGCCCAGGGGAGGUCCCUGGAGGGCCGACUCCACCGCGCACUGAGCCUCAGACAGGGCCGUGAGAAGUCCAGAUCGCAGGGCCUUGAUGGCACAGAAGGGCUGGAGGUCCCUGUUCAGGAGCGGCUGCCAGGGACCCUGGGAGACACGGAGCAGCUGAUCCAAACCCAGAGAGAAGGCAGCCAGCGCUGGCUGAGGCAAUACCACCAGCAGGUGAGGAGAAGGUGGAGGAGCUUUGUCGCCAGCUUCCCUACUGUGACCCUGAAUCGACCCACCUCCCCAGAGACCUUGCUGGACACCAACAGAUAG